GACAGCGGAUCAAUAACCCGCCGCUAGCAGUUGUAGCGGGCGGCCCAAGCGUAAUAGCGGUGGUGGUGUCUGCUGUUAUUGCUGACAGGAGACGGCAAGAGCCAUGAGGAUUACAGGCACCGUCCUCCACUUGCUUCUUAUGCAUCUCAGCUCCUCUCACAUCACGCACUGGACAUACAAAGAAGGAGAGCUGGAUGAGGAGCACUGGGGAAGACACUUUGCCGACUGUGCUGGCAAGCACCAAUCUCCCAUUGACAUUCAGAAGAGGAAGGUAAGGUACAACCCGCAGUUGAUGGAGCUGGAGCUCAGUGGUUACGACGGACCCUUGCAAGGGAAUUUCACCAUGACCAACAAUGGGCACUCGGUCCAGAUUGAUUUGCCGCCCACCAUGCGCAUCACCAAAGGACUCCCAAGCCUCUUCACUGCUGUCCAGAUGCACCUUCACUGGGGCGGGCUGGACCUGGAGACCAGUGGUUCUGAACACACCAUAGACGGCAUGAGAUACUUUGCAGAGCUGCACAUUGUCCAUUACAACUCUGGCAACUACUCAAGUUUUGAAGAAGCAAAAGACAAGCCGAAUGGACUGGCCGUGCUUGCUUUCCUAUACGUGGAUGGACAUUUUGAGAACACCUACUACAGCAAAUUCAUUUCCAACCUGGCCAAAAUCAGAUAUGCAGGGCAAUCGAUGAGGCUCACAUCACUGGACGUCCAGGGCAUGCUGCCAGAAAACCUCUCACACUUCUACAGAUACCCAGGCUCACUGACUACACCACCAUGCUCCGAGAGCGUCAUCUGGACCGUCUUUGAUUCUCCCAUCAUCCUGUCACCCACACAGAUUAAGCUGCUGGAGAACACCUUGCUGGACUGGCAAAAUAAAACCCUGCGAAACGACUAUCGGCACGCGCAGCCCCUCAACGACAGAGUGGUGGAAUCCUCCUUCAAAGCUAAAGUGGAGCAAGAAAUCUGUCACCUAGAAGAACUCAGCUUGAAACUGGAGCAAAUACAGGCUCAGCUCCAGGACAUGAAGAAGCAUCUGUUGGGGGGAGUGCACCUGAGGGGUGCUCAAUCUAGUGCUUUCCCAGCGUUCUUCUUCCCCGCUGACAACAUCGAGAGCUACGUGAAUGUCCGGCCCCGCCAUGUCAUGAGGCUCCACUCCUUCACCUUGUGCUUCUGGAUCCAAACCCAGAACCUUGGGAGUCAGACUGUUCUCUCCUAUUCCACCCCAGAGAGUGACAAUGAGCUGGUGGUGACCGUGGGGUCAGACGUGGGGCUGUGGGUUGGGGGCCAUUUUACUAACUUCUUCCUGCACCAUAGGUCUGAGGAGUGGCUCCACUACUGUGUAUCCUGGACAUCCCACUCUGGGACAGCAGAUCUGUGGAUUAAUGGAGCAGUAGGGAGGGAGAAGAGUAUCCAGAAGGGGUACGUGACCCAGGCCGGAGGGACUCUUGUCCUCGGGAAGGACAGAGACAAUCUUCUUGGGAUCUUCUCCAACAGGUUCAUAGGCCGGAUGAGCCACGUGAACCUCUGGAACAAGGUUCUUAGUCACGCCGACAUUCGAGCGCUUGCUCUAUGCAAACACAACGAGCUGAGAGGAGACGUCAUCGCUUGGGGGGAGACCCCCAUGAGUGUCUCAGGAGGAGUGGUGCUGGAGACAGAUUCCAGUUGCCAUUGAUCCUCUGCUCAAGUGCCUGGUUGAGGUGGUCCCGGCUUCAUGAAAACAGGGGAAGCACAGUGUAUUACUUUUCUUGAAUCACUGGUGGUUCUACCUCCUGCUUUUAGCUUCAUGAAACACUUGUCAUAGUGCUUCGCUUUGCUUUCUGCAAGGGCCAGGCAGGGGUUAAACCCUCUGUCAUCGGGGUGCUGGUGGGGAAACCAGAUGCAAAGAAAUCAGUGCAGUCUAGUGUCCCCUGCCAUAGACAGGCAUACGCUUCAAGCACUUGGCAUUUCCGAGCGCUUCAAAUUCAGCGCUGUGUAGGCACGCGCCCCUCACCCUUGACGCACUUUAAAAUGGCCAUGAACACAUGAAACAGUGCAGCUCUCCAGCCAGAGAGCAGGCAUCCCUGCACACGCCUCUGGGCUCCAGCGGUCCCUGCGGACAGGAGAGUGCUCACUGGCUGUCCACCUUGCUCCUCCCUCUCUCCCGCAGUGCUGGCAUGUUGGGAGUGGUGCACUGUGGGGUGCUGGAGGACCACUGAGCCACAUAGACAUUUCAGGAUGCACUUUGGCCAUUUUUGAAAUGCUUCUGCAAGCACGCACAUCUUCACCCUUGGUUUUUGGAGUGCUUUGGAGCACUUCAAAUGUCACACCUGUCCAGGAGCAUGUACCAGGAGUAUGACUUGACUAAUGUCUCUCUGGUCUCUGGAAGAAAAAGACACUCUAUCCCACGGCAGCUUCAUACAUGGCAUCAUCCUCUGUCCAUGCGUCAGGGCCCCUCUUGCUGCAUGCACUGCUUACUUUUCCCCUCCUGCCUUGUUACCUGCAUUCAGCUCCCUCUUCUCUCUGGUCCCAGCAUCCUUGUGCAGGGUAUCCACCUGCCUUGUGUCUAGAACUGACCCAAUCUUUCUGCAUUGAUGUUUUCAUGGGGAUUAAACCCUCCUUCCUCUUCACACCUACAGAGUCAUCCCAUUCCACCUCUUUGGCAUUGAAUCCUCUCUCUGCUCCAUGCACAGCAACUUUCCUACCUGCCCUCGGCACUGGCUAAUGGGUCAAGCCAGAUUAUGUCCUCAAGGAAGGACUUUUUGAAAUGGUGUCAAAGACCUGCUGGGACAGAGGCUGCACAGAGACUCUUCUCUCUAGUUUAUUGUCCAUUCCUCUGAAUGGAAAUCAGUGACAAAAAGGAAAACUGAGCAGUCAGAGAGCAUUGCAGAGACCUGAAUCACUGGCUGCUGUGUUGAAACAAAUUCACAGGCUCCUAGAAAUGUCAGGGCCAUCUUGUGGCCAUUUUGCAUUGCAAAGGCAGACACAGGACUCUGAUUCUCCUUCCCUAGCUAUAUAAGAGCACUUAAGCUAAAGGCCUGUCUCCACCAGUAACCAGCAAGCCCAUGAGUGCUACCGAGGAUUAGUUGUUUCUUUCCAGCAGAUGGCAGCAACACACACACACACACACACACUUCACUUCUGACCUCUGAGUGACGUUUGCUAGCGAUCACACACACACACAUACACACUCUUCACUUCUGACCUCUGAGUGGUGUUUGCUAGCGAUCACACACACACACACACACACACACACACACUCUUCACUUCUGACCUCUGAGUGGUGUUUGCUAGCAAUCACACACACACACACACACACACACACACACACACACACACACACUCUUCACUUCUGACCUCUGAGUGGUGUUUGCUAGCGAUGGGUAGCAAGGGCAAGCUUUCAGUUUUGCACGACAGCUUCCAAAUGUGCAAUAACUGACUGUGCAAAACCUAGUCUAGUAAAUGUGCUAAAAAGCUCCCAUCAUUCUGCCCUGCCCCCUGUCCUGCGAGCCCACGCUCUGCUGCGCUCAGACAAACCGAUGCCGUGCGGAGACAGGCUGUAUCUGUUCCUCGGGCGCACCUUGGCUCCCAAGCUGGAAGCAGCACGGCUGCAUUAGUGUGGCACUGUGCGUGCACCUGAAACCCCUGUAGAGAAGUCCAGGUGGGCAUGACUUAUACUAGGGUGGUUUCUGAGCGGUUUUCUGGGGGAAGAGCUUUUUGUGCCCUCAAGCAAAAGGGUUUUAAAAUGAAGGAACCAGCCACCUCCCCCUAGCUGAGUGCUGUGCCCUUGCUAGCUUUGCCUGCACACUCAAGCACAGCGCUGGUAUGGAGAACUGCUCAGGGUGGGCUGACUGGGUACAGAGGAUCCCUAUGUCAAAUUGAGCCUUGCAGCGGUUGUGAAGGAGUGAAUACUCGGGACUGCCUCUGCCUAUUUGCCUUGCCUCUUGAAUACUACUGACAGCUGGACAGAGCUGGAUGGUCCAGUCUGUCACACCAACAUACUAGGCCUGUCAUGACUCCUUAGCUGAAUGACGCUGCUGUAUCCUAUGCAUAUGAAAUACAUGUGCCAAUAAAUUCUGGAUUUGUGACAAGCA